AUGGUGGAUUUCAUCCUGGCCAUUGAUGACCCCUUAUCCUGGCAUGCUGAGAACUUGAGACAUAACCGAGGCCAUUACUCGUCCCUCCUCGCCACAUUCGGCAGCCGAGCUGUUGUGGCUGCAGCAGACAGGGUGGGGGUGGGAGUGCACUUCAAUCCAUUCGUUCCGCACUCACCACUCAACCAGGUCAAGUACGGAGUGAUUGCAACAAGGGCUCUGCAAUCAGACCUCGCCACGUGGCAGCACCUCUACAUCAGUGGUCGCCUUCACAAGCCUGUGGAGAUUCUUAUCCCUCAUGAUCACAUUCUCUCAUUACAAUCACACAACCUACGAGCAGCUGUAGCUGCGGCGCUGCUGCUUCUCCCCCAGACAUUCUCAGAGCAUGAGCUGUAUGAGGCGAUUUGCUGCAUUUCAUACGCAGGCGAUGUGCGCAUGGCACUAGCUGAAGACCCCAACAAGAUCAGCAGAAUUGUCUCCGGUGGUUUCCACCAUUUCCGCUCGCUCUAUCGCUCCGCUCUCGAGUAUUUCGACAACUCGGGCUGCCUUCACUGCAUCUCAUCCAGUCCUGCCGAGUCCUCCACAGCUCGACUACAGAGCAACAGGUUGAUAGGACAGGAAAUCUCAACCACUUCUCGCCGAUUCCUCCUUCAGCUAAUCCCAGCCUCCAUCCGCGCCUCCCUCUCACAUCGCCUCCUCCCCACUCCACCUUACCUUCCUCGCUCCCCUCUCCCAUCCCACUUUCACGAAGGCUCAGCCCCUCCCAUUUUCAAAAUGUGGGAAAAAAGACCAACCAACCAGACGCCCAUACAUCCCAGGGCUGCCACGUCAGCAGCUCUCUCGCAUCGGCUUGCACUCAGUGUCUCCAGAACGGUGCUGUGUGCUGAGCUGGCAGCUGAGCUGGCGAGGCGAGUACGCAUAUCCAGUGCCAGGCAAGCCGUAGCAGGAGUGCUAGCAGCAGCUCCUGCACACUUUUUGUGA